AUGAUGCAAGCAAACAAUCGAGUCCCACCUAUAAAGUUGGAAAACGAUAUAGAUCUUUACGCCGAUGAUAUCGAGGAUUUCGCACAAGAUGACUUUGGUGGUGAAAAUGUUGAUCUUUAUGACGAUGUAAUAUCAGCUCCUCCUGGAAAUAGUGACAACCCAGGUGAUUCAAAUCAUCAUGCUCCUCCUGGUGCUGGUGAAGAUGGUGGAGGUAAUUUUGUUGGGACAGGAGGAGCAUCCAAUAAUAUAAAUUCUUCUGGAAGAAGACAUCAACUGUAUGUUGGAAAUCUGACUUGGUGGACAACUGAUCAAGAUAUAGAAAAUGCAGUGCAUGAUAUAGGGGUUACAGACUUCCAUGAAGUUAAGUUUUUUGAACACAGAGCAAAUGGUCAAUCCAAGGGAUUCUGUGUCAUAUCUUUGGGAUCUGAAGGAAGCAUGAGGCUCUGCCUGGAACUCCUAUCUAAAAAGGAAAUUAAUGGCCAAACUCCUCUUGUUACCCUUCCCACAAAACAAGCUCUUAGUAAUUUUGAAAGUCAGUCUAAAACACGUCCUUCUCCUACUAAUAAUUCUAACUCACGUCCUCCCCAUCCUAAUAAUAAUGUUCAUUCAGGUCCUAUGCAGAAUUAUGGAGGUAGAAUGCCCAUGAACCCUUCCAUGCGUCCUAUGCCCCCAGGUAUGCAAGGUGCUCCAAGAAUGCAAGGUCCACCUGGAUUUAAUGGACCACCAAACAUGAACCAGCAACCCCCUAGGUUCCAAGGUAAUCCACAAUGGAAUGGACCAAGACCUAAUGGUCCUGGGCCCAAUAUGGGAAUGAGACCCAUGGGGCCACCUCAUGGACAACCAGGGCCCCCAAGACCACCAAUGCAGGGGCCACCGCAGCAAGGUCCUCCAAGAGGAAUGCCGCCACAAGGUCCACCGCAGAUGCGUCCAGAAUGGAAUCGACCACCAAUGCAACAAGGCUAUCCUCAAGGUCCGCCACACAUGCAAGGACCUAACAUGGGUCCGAGAGGUCCACCCCAAAUGGGACCACCCGGAGCGCCUCAACCGCAAGGACCGGCUCCACACGUAAAUCCCGCGUUCUUUCAACAAGGAGGAGGACCGCCGCCACCAAUGCAACACAUGCCUGGACCAGGGCCCGUCAUGCCUCCGCAAGGACCUCCGCAAGGUCCACCACACGGACCCGUUGGACCUCCGCACGGCCCACCAUUGGGUCCAGCAAAUGUUCCGCCUCAUGGACCACCUCAUGGAUAUGGUCCACCUGCAGCAAUGCCACAGCCACCAUACGGUGGCCCUCCUCCAGACCACCGUGCUGAGAUUCCUCAGUUAACAGAACAAGAAUUUGAGGAUAUAAUGUCUCGGAAUAGAACAGUUUCCAGCUCUGCGAUUGGGCGUGCCGUAUCCGAUGCCGCAGCUGGAGAGUUUGCAAGCGCUAUUGAGACUUUGGUCACUGCUAUUUCACUCAUUAAACAGUCCAAAGUGGCUAACGACGACCGUUUGCAAGAUCCUUAUAAGUUCACUGCAAGACACUUUGCGUGGUGUCGAAGACAAAAGCUACAGCUCCAGCCGCAGAGACAGGUCAAGAUCCAGAGACAGAUCAACAGCAAAGAGAACUAGAAGGGAACGGGAUUUUCACCCCCCCACAUCAAAGGUACAGAGACAGAAGCCGAGAAAGGGAGCGUGAACGCGAUAGAGAUCGUGAUCGUGAACGUGACAGAUAUUAUGAUAGAGACAGCGAAAGAGAAAGAGACCGAGAUCGUUCAAGAAGCAGAGAAAGAGCCGAACGGGAUAGAGAACGAGAUUAUAGAGAUCGGGAACCUGAAGAGACAGAUAAAGAAAAAUCUAAAGUAGAUAAAGAAAAAUCUAAAGUAUCCAGAGUCUCAAGAUCAAGGAACAAAUCUCCGGAACCCGUCGAACCUAGCAGUGAGGUACCAAAAUCAUCCCGCUAUUAUGAGGAUAGGUAUCGAGAAAGAGAGAGAGAAGGUCGACGAGAGAGCGAUCGCGAGAGAGAAAGAGAUAGAAGAGGGGAAGACAGCCAUAGGUCUCGACAUUAG